GUGCUCGUGCUCGACGGCGUGCAGCUUCUGUCAACGCAGUUUGUUGUGACGCGUACGAAAAUGACGUGUUCGGGAGGGACCACAUGCGCUCCUAUCCUCGUGGAGCACGGCCUCUACGUGAAGCAGUCGAGCGCCUUCUACAUGGACAACUGCGCGGUGAACUCGCCGGCCUAUGGGAUCAACUUUGUUUCUUCCGAUUUGGGGGUUCUCGGUGGCUCAGUGUUCUCGGUACAGAACAGCUCAUGGAAGGUUGCGACGGAUAACGUUGGCGCUGGCGGAAUUCAGUCUGACAGUGUUGUGGUGAAUGGUGGGAGUGUGAUGCAGUUUGUCUCGAGUGAGUUUCGCGCUGGGCUCAAGGUGCUCUCCUUUCUUACGCUAGAAUUGUCU